GGUGACGCGUCAAUCGUAUUUAAUUUCAGCAACGCGACUUUUGAAACGCUUCGGUUUGUUCCACCGUUUCUCUCAAAGACCUAAUUUGUUCCAGCUCGCGCGAAAUUAUCCGACGCUGAUGCGAAGCGCAUACUUUAAAUUUCCGACAACCAUAACGACGCGUAAUGUACCAGACGACAGCUUGUUGUUGCUUGGGCGCCAUUGGCAGGGAAAGGACAGCUCCGAUACAUUCGUCGUUUCGAGAGACAGCAAAGUUUACUGCAACUGUUCAGUUCACUCGCUAACUCAACGCCAACGUACGCUUCUAAAAUGAGUAUGAAUUCUGAGAGCGGCCACGACGAACCCCAGCAAGAGGAGAUGCAGGAGGCGGGCCUUUCCUACGAUGCUGCUGAAACAAUGGAUUCAAUUGCUCAGGGCCCCAACGCCCGUCAUGAGGCUGGCAGAAACAACGAGCCAAGAGACACCCAGCAGAUUGUCUGUGCAGAAGUCAAACAAAUUUGGACGGAAUUAAAAGAGCAGUCUGAGGUGGCGGACCUCUACAUAUCCACCAUACAGGAAACUGUUGGGACCAAGAUGGCAGAGGCUGUGGAGGAAUGCGUCAACACUGCAAGAAGAUGUCUCGAGGAAAAAAGGAAAUUGGCCUGGCAAGCCGUGUCGGAGAUCGACGCUGCCCUCAAAAGAAUUUCAGAAACCGACAAGAUGUUAGAUGCAGUCAAAGCGGCGAUGGAGUCAACAUGGAACACGCUGUUUUAGUUGGGGAAACGACGUGAAAGAUGUUUGUGCAAUAAAGUAAUCGAAACAAUAAGAAA